CACUGAAUGUAGGACACCAACCCUCAGUCCCCUUGUGCUGGUGGUCGCUGGCGGAGCUGUGCAGUAACCUCGCUCUCUCUGUGGAUAUUUGCCCCUUUGCUACACUCCGUCCCCUACCACCACUACCACUACGACUACUACCACUCCUACCACUUCUCCAACUACUCCUUCCAUUGCUCCAACUACUACAACCACUGCUUCUGCUAUCUCAGUCUCUCUCUCUUCGGUGCUGACUCCUUCUUCGUCUUUCUCACUCCGAACUCAUCUGGGAAAGAGUACGAGAAGCGGAAGAGAGAAGGAAAGGAAGGGAAGGAAAGAGAGAGAGAAGGAAUAGUCAAAUAACCUUCAUAUAUGGAAAUUCUAUCAUCUGGUACCACAUUAAGGACGUAAAACGGAAUAAAAACAACGAAAAGAAUACGGAAUCUAAGCGAAGGGAAACACAACGUAACCAGUCAGUGCCCAGGAGUUUUAAGAAGCAAAGAAGGAACUGUGAAUGUGUGUCUUAGGUGUUCUCGAGCGUACCUCUGGAGUGCUGAACCAAGCCCUGUGUGACCCCGACCCUCCGCCCCUAGGUAAACAAACAGUGACGUGAUUGCACCUUGUGGCGGCCCGUGAGGUGAAAGCCAAUAGGGUGCUGGCUCUGAGGGUUACCUGGGCAGCCCUCCGCCAAUCACAGCACACGCCCGCCAUGCCUCUCUGACUAAGGGUGUGACGAGGGGAGUGAGGAAGGCCAGGCCAGGCGCCGCCCCGCAGAAGCAUGCCGAGUCUCCAGCACUGACCCUCCAGCCGCCACGCCCCCGCCCCGCACAGGCCCCCCAGCACCACCCACAAGCACCGAUGAAAUUCUACCCCCAGCCCGCGGACUCCCCCGAUGGUGUGCAGGCGUGGGCUCAUGAGGACCUACUCGAGCCCCGCUACGCCACAGACACCAAGGCCGCCAUGGACCCUCUGGACUCCUUCCUGCGUGACCUGCCGCCGCCGAACUCCACCUUCGCGGAGCUCAAGCCGCUGGAGCCACUGGACUACCUGACAGCCUCGCCAGACACGUCCGCCUCCUCGCGACAUGACACGUCCUCCACCUCGUCCAACUCCCCCGGCAGCCAGUACAAGGGCGCCAUCACAAAUAGCAACACGUUCCUGGGCUAUGCUGGAGCGCCGGAGCCCGUCACCACUACGACCACGGUGCUGAAUACCCAUAAAGGCGCACCGGACCAGACGCACCACCACGGCUACUCCAUCACGCAGGAGAUUGAUGACAUCGCCUCUAUCAUCGGCAGCGCCAUCGCGGACAACAGCGUCAACACGAGCAUCAACAACAUCAUGCUGCCGGAGUCCCUGGAGCCCCUCAAUGCCCCGGAGUUCCAGGACAUCGAGGCUUUCUUCGAGAACAUGAGCGGCGGGGUCAAAGUGGAGCCCGCGGACCCACUCGUCAACUCCACCAUGUCCCCGUCCGGCCACUCGCCCAUGUCCGUGGUGGCCCAGGCCUCGACCACCAGCAUCGGCCACACCACCAUAGAGUACGCCAGCACGCCCACGCACUCCCCCAUGCUGUCCUCGCUGCUGGCGGCGGGCGCGGUCACCAACAACAACUACCUGCAGGGGAUGGUGACGGAGGCGCAGUACAAGAGCGAGAUCUCAAUGCCCAUCCUCCAGUCCCGCCUCAUGCAGGGCCUCAAGGACGUGGGCGGCGGAGGCGGUCUGCUGAAGGCCGACCCCAUGUUCGCACGCUCCCACUACUACAGCCACAAGGACGCGCAGCCGCACACCACGGACCCCACCGCCUUCGCCGUCACCACCACGGACGACCUCUUCACCAACAAGCUGGACACCAGAUCCUACCUAGACAAGACGCAGCUGGCCUCGCCGGAGUCCACCGACCUCUCCUCCACCAAGAUCGGCCUCGAUUUCCCGGGGCUCAAGAUCAACAAGGGCCGCAGCCGCAAGCAACAGAGUACAAAACUUCCCAUCACGACGGAGGGCACCAAGGACAAGCCCGUCCACCGCUGCACCGUCUGUAACCGCGGCUUCCUCAACAAGUCCAACAUUAAGGUCCACCUCCGUACUCACACCGGGGAGAAACCGUUCAAGUGCGAGACCUGCAGCAAGGCGUUCAGGCAGAAAGCUCACCUGCUCAAACACUACCAAAUCCACAAGAGAGUCUCCAGGGAUUAGCCGCAAACACCAAAAGAGUCGUAUUCUUCAACGCUACAACGCAUACCACACAUAAGGCUUUCCGUAGGAGUCGUGGCCAUUCCCAGAGGUAGUUCCAUGACCCCUCUGGCAGCUCGACCCUUCUUCUACCCCCAUGAGCCUAAGAAACACUCAUUAGAACCCGACUGAUCUCCUCUUCGGCCUUUGGAUAUAGUUGACGUGAGAGCCGAAGAGAGCGUUUGAGAAUACCGGCUGAGCUAAUCCAACCCAACCACUACAACCACAUCUACUGCUACUCCUACUACCAAUACUACAUGUCCCCCCUCGCGCUGCAGAAGGAGGAGAGACCCGAAACUCCACUCUCCUCCUUCCUACUCCUUUUCCUACUCCAUCUAUCAUCUUCCUGCUUCAAAAUCAACCUGCUAAUGCCCUCUGAUAAGACUGGGUACUGCUGGUGAGAGAGAGAGAGAGAGAGAGAGAGAGAGAGAGAGAGAGAGAGAGACGGCUUCCCUUCACUUCACCCUUGACAAUGGCCAUGGACUUGGAGCAGGUGCUGUGGCCGAGAGAGAGAGAGAGA